AUGGAUGGAGAUGGUUGCUUCAGGUCUCUGUUUAUCCCCAACUGGUCUUCAGAUGUGCGUCUAGAAGGCAAGACCGCUAUAGUAACGGGGGCCAAUGUUGGAAUAGGCAAAGAGACAGCAAAAGACCUGGCUGGGAGAGGUGCACGGGUGAUUUUGGCAUGCAGAGACAUGGCGAAAGGAGAGCAAGCUGCUCGUGACAUUUUGAGGGAGGUGAAGGCAGCCAAGGUCGUCGCCAGGCAACUGGAUCUGGCAGAUACCAAAUCGAUCUGCCAGUUUGCUGAGAAUAUCUACAACACUGAGAAGGCUCUUCACUUCCUGAUCAACAAUGCAGGUGUGGCCAUGUGCUCUUAUGCCACAACGGUAGACGGAUUUGAGAUGCAGUUUGGAGUCAAUCACUUAGGCCAUUUCUUCUUAACCUUUCUGUUACUGGAUUUGCUGAAGCACUCCGCCCCAUCCAGGAUCAUCAACUUGUCCUCGGCAGCUCACAAUAUGGGCAAGAUCGAGUUUGAUGACCUGAGCGGCGAGAAAAAAUACAACCCUGUCAGCGCCUACGCACAGAGCAAGCUGGCCAACGUCCUGUUUACCAGAGAGCUGGCCAAAAGGACUGAGGCUCUAGGUGUGGUGGCUUACUCUGUGGAUCCAGGCAUGGUCAAAACUGAAAUAACAAGGCACCUGAAGCGCCCUCUUAUGGACAUAACCAAGGCUUUCAGUUCACUGUUGAAGACCCCAGCAGAGGGAGCCUACACUACCGUGUACUGCGUCGUCACUCCUGAGAACCAGCUGCUUACUGGAGGAUACUACAAGGACUGUGGCAGUGCAGAGUGUUGCCGGGCAGGGCAGGAUGAUGGCACUGCCUUAAAGUUGUGGGCUGUGAGCUGCCACAUGCUUGGCAUCCGCUGGAGAUAAAGUUGCAUUGUGUGCUUCUGUGCUCAUGCUAGUUAUACUGCUAUUACUGAGUGCUAAAAAUGUGUUAGGAAAGAAAAUGAGUAAGUAAAUAAAAGAUACCA